AUGCACAACGCGUCGUACUCGGAGCUGGGGCUCUUCAACGCGUCGCGCCCCGACCCUGCGCUGGGAUGCGCCAACGAGUGGAGCCCUCUGCCGCCGCCGCUGGCCGUGGCCGUGCCAGUCGUCUACGCGGUGAUCUGCACCGUAGGACUGGCGGGCAACUCUGCAGUACUGUACGUGCUGCUGCGGGCGCCGCGUAAGAAGACUGUCACCAACCUGUUUAUUCUCAACCUGGCCAUCGCUGACGAGCUCUUCACUCUCGUGCUGCCCAUUAAUAUCGCGGACUUCCUGCUGCGGCAGUGGCCCUUCGGGGAGAUCAUGUGCAAGCUCAUCUUGGCCAUCGACCAGUGCAAUACCUUCUCCAGCCUCUACUUCCUUACGGUCAUGAGCGCCAACCGCUACCUCGUGGUGCUGGCCACUGCAGAGUCGCGCCGUGUGACCGGGCGCACUUACGGCGCCGCCCGCGCCGUGAGCCUGGCCGUAUGGGGGCUUGUGACACUCGUCGUGCUGCCUUUCGCGGUCUUCGCCGGGCUGGACGACGACCAGGGCCGGCGCCAGGGCGUAUUGGUCUUCCCGCAGCCCGAGGCCUUCUGGUGGCAGGCGAGCCGUCUCUACACGCUUGUACUAGGCUUUGCCAUCCCGGUGUCCACCAUCUGCGUCCUCUAUAUCGCCCUACUCUGCCGGCUGCGCCCUAUACGCCUCGAUAGUCACGCCAAGGCUCUGGACCGCGCUAAGAAGCGAGUGACAUUUUUGGUGGUUGCGAUCCUGGCCGUGUGCCUCCUCUGCUGGACGCCUUACCACCUGAGCACCGUGGUGGCGCUCACCAUCGAUCUUCCACAGACGCCGCUGGUCAUCACGGUCUCCUACUUCAUCACCAGCUUGAGCUAUGCCAAUAGCUGCCUCAAUCCUUUCCUAUUCGCUUUCCUGGACGAUAGCUUCCGCAGGAGUCUUCGCCAGAUGCUAGCGUGCCGCGCUGCCGCCUGAAACCCCCGCGCACCCCGCUCGCCCAUCCCGGCACCGGCAGCCCUGCGGCUCUCGGAGUUC